AUGGACACUGCCGCUAAAGCAACAGCGCAGUAUCUACGGCGUAUACAACAGGAACUUUUAGAACAGGAAGAACGUGAGAAUUGUGGUGGCAGCGUCGUCGCCACGCCUCUACAGCGCUCGCACCUCAUAACAACAGAAAGCUGCCGCUACUCUACUAUCGAGGUCAUGCUAGCUACCCCUAUUUCCAUGGUACUUUACCACGAAAUCGCUCCACAUAAUAAAAAACGCGAGAAGAUCCCCGAAGGCACGCUAUGUGUGGUCUGCGCCGAUCUGGCAAGCGGAAUUCACUACUCUGUACCAAGCUGCAAUGGCUGCAAAACAUUCUUCCGCCGUGCACUUGUUAACAAGCAGACGUUCACGUGCCAGUUCUCGGGCGACUGUGUGGUCGGCAAAUCGGUUCGAUGUGUAUGUCGCAGUUGUCGCUUGAAAAAGUGCUUCGACAUGGGUAUGGAUCCUAAAGGUAAGCGAACCGGAUUUGGUUAUUUGUUAGUUAAGGGUGUGGGGUGA